AUGGCUUCUUCUCCUCUAAACCAAAAUUCCAACCAUCAUGCUCGCUCCAAUAGCUUGCCUUCCAGACCACACCCUCUUAUUCUACAAUGCAACGAGCAUUUGUGUCGAUUAGGUGCUUCUGACACUACCUCUUCAUCAUCAACAUCAUCAUUAAGCAGCAAACUAAGCUGCCUUCAGGAUUUGCAUGAGUGUGUCGAAAAGUUGCUUCAGUUGCCCCUAACUCAGCAAGCCAUUGUCCAAGAAGAGCUCUUGGAUGGAUCUCUCAGGCUCCUCGACAUUUGUAGCGCAGCCAAGGAUGCCUUGAUACAUACAAAAGAAUGCAUUCGUGAACUUCAAUCGAUUAUCCGCAGAAGACCAGCAGGCGACAUGGGGCUUGAGAGGGAGGUCAGGAAAUAUUUGAUGUCUAGAAAGGUUGUCAAAAACGCAGCCCAGAAGGCCCUGAAGGGCGCGGAAAGGAAGCGUGGCGUCAAAAACCAUGAGACUCCAGCCAUAGUUACAGCAUUGAAAGAAGCAGAAGCAGCCACCAUCAAUGUGUUUGAAUCCUUGUUGUCCUACAUAGCCGGCUCAAAGGUUGUUCGAUCAAAAUCAAGCAACUGGUCGUUGGUCUCCAAGUUGGUGAUCAACCCCAAAAGAGUGGCAUGUGAGAAUGAAGAAGCAGAUGGUUCUGAAGUAGAGAAGGUGGAUGCUGCAUUGUACUCCAUUAUUGGUCAGAAAAGAAGCAAAUCUGACUACACCAUGCAGAUUGAGAAUGUCCACAACUUGCUGGCAAAAUUGGAGCCAGUUGUUCAAGAUCUUGAAGAAGGACUUGAGUGCCUUUUCAGGCGCUUAAUCAAAACCAGAGUUUGCCUUCUCAACAUCUUCAACAACUAG